CCGGGGGAGCGUCCUGCCGCGCGCAGCGGGGACACCGGGCGGCGGCGGCGGCGGCGCUGAGCAGGAGGCGGCGGCACUUGGGGGCGCCCGGCCCGAUCCGCUCCGGCCCCUUCCCCCUUCCCGCCCCCCGGGCCGGCCGCGGGGCGUUCGUCGGUCCGCCCGUCCGCGGGCAAGAUGGCGGCGGCGGGCGCGGGGCAGGCGGGCCCGGACGAGGUGUCGCGGCGGCUGGCGGGCACCCGGCGCGAGCUGCGCAACCGCCGCAAGAUCCUGCUGAGGAACCUGCCGCCCGACAGCAGCAGCCAGGAAAUCCAUGACUUAUUCAAAGAUUAUGAAAUAAAGUAUUGUUAUGUGGACAAAAAUAAAAGAACAGCUUUUGUUACUCUGCUAAAUGGAGAACAGGCCCAAAAUGCAAUUCAGAAAUUUCACCAACACUGUCUUCGUGGUAAAGAAAUAUCAGUGCAGCUGCAACCAACAGAUGCUUUGCUUUGCAUUACCAAUUUGCCCACCUCAUUUACGUUACAAGAAUUUGAUGAACUGGUGCGUACAUAUGGCAAUGUCGAGAGAUGUUUUCUGGUCUAUAAUGAAGUUACUGGCCAUUCAAAGGGUUACGGGUUUGUGGAAUACAUGAAAAAGGACUCUGCUGCAAAGGCUAGACUGGAACUUCUGGGAAAACAGUUGGAUGAAAACACCCUCUUUGCGCAGUGGAUGGAUGUUAAUCAGUUGUCCAUGGAUCUUAUUCAUUCUAAGUGCCUUUGUGUUGAUAAACUCCCUAAAGACUAUGCUGAUUCAGAGGAACUGAUGCAAGCUUUGUCACUGAAAUAUAAACCUGUGUUCUGCCAGUUUGCUCAGGAUGAAGACAGUUAUAUUGGUGGCUUUGCAGUAAUUGAGUAUGAGACUUCAGAGCAGACAGAGAAAGUGCGAGAAGCCACAGAUGGUAUGAUUAUCAAAGGAAAGAGAGCCCAGGUUUCAUACUGUGCUCCUGGGGCACCAGGGCGAAGCACACUAGCAGCACUUAUUGCAGCCCAAAGGAUGAUGAGAAACAAUAGGAAAGGAUUGCUUCCAGAGCCAAACGCAGUCCAGAUUAUGAAAAGUUUAAAUAACCCGGCCAUGCUACAGAUACUUUUGCAGCCCCAGUUGCGUGGAUGUGCUGGUAAACCUGUUCUUGGAGCUUCUGCUGGUUUCCCUCAUCUUGUAAAUACAGCAGUCAGCCCAGUUUUGAAUCUGAAUCAAGUUCACCAGAACUCAGUUUUGGGGAACACACCUACAUUACUACUGCAGAAUCCUUCCCAUUUACAACUGUCACGGCGGCAGCUAAUGAAGAUUGAGAAUCUUCAAACUAACAGUAAACCUGGUUUACUUGGAGAGCCUCCAACAAUGUUACUUCAGACUGUAUUGGGAAUAGGGCCAACACCAUCAAUGAGUGCAGGCAUGGGAAACCGUGGAGAAGCUCAUACAUCAUCCAGUCUGACUCCAACUGCAGCAGCAGUAGGGAUGGGCAUGUUUCCAUUCUUUCCAAAUCAGCACAUUAUUGGACAAGCUAUACCAUGGCAAAACAACACUCAGGAUAAACAAUCAACUACAGCGGGACUGUCAGAAGAAGCUGUCUCGGGGUCUCAGGCUUAUCUGCAGAGCUUAACAAAUCUCACUGCUGGAGACUUGCAGAGAGGACCCCCCAAACAGCAAAGUCAGCUAAAAAGCACUGAUACAGCUGCAGGGAUUCCCUCAAAAAAACAGACCUCGCUGCUGGGGGAUCCACCAAAAGAAAUCCGGCUUAGUACCAAUCCCUACUUGAAUUUGGCAAGUGUGUUGCCUGGUAUGUGUCUUUCAGCAAUUGCCAGUAAAGCCCCUAAUGCUCAACAGCAGACUGGACUUUCAAGCCAUGUGCUAGAUGCUGGUGUCUCUCAGGGAAAUAUAUCACAACAUGCAACAGAAAAUUAUUUGAAUUGCUCUCAGCAGCAGGGGGAUUAUCCGCAGGAGGCUCUCCAACAGUGGUACCAGCACUGUGCUCAAGCAUACAGUGCUUCCCAAGUAAGAGUAGGGGAUUUUGAAAAUGAAGCUUCUGAGGAAUCUGCUGGCGGGCAACACCCAGACUACAAUACCUACUUGCAUGUCAUGCCUUCCUGUUACACUGGAGCCCAGGGAUCAUAUCAGCCAGGCAGCUUGCCAGGCUCACAAAGUCCAUUAAACAAGGUGGCACCAGUUAGAAGUGAAAAGCGAGGCUCUUCGUACCUCAUUUCUUCCCCAGAUGCUGGGCCAGUGGAAUACAUUGACCAGCAUGCUCAGGACAAUACAGUACAUCAUGCAGAAUCCUAUCUUAAAAAGAAACGUGUUUAUUGAUAUCCAGUCAACAGAUCCUGCCUUAAAGGGAAAAGGCAAUCUUUUCUUACCUGUGCUCUUUAUUGCUGCCUUAACUUCACACACACCAUCCAUAUAUAUGAGUUACAGACACCCAAAAGAAACAAUACUGUACAGCAGGCAAAUUUGCCAAAUCAACUAUUAUGUAGCAAUAAAAAGACAUUUACUUAGAUAUUCUUCACUAGUGUCACCUGCCUUGCUAAAUACGGUAAUGGUGUUUCCAUUACUACUUUUGUCUUAUUGUACAUUGCUGAAAUUAAUAAUCAUCUUCAGCCUGUAAAGGAAUUAAAUUUGGUAGGUUUUGGUGCGAGUCAAAACCAAUAAGAAUAGUGGUGUGGGAGAAGUCUUGAUCCUUAGACAAGGAAGUUGAGAUGAAUGAGUUUUAGUAAUCAUUUCACUAAAAUUCUGAGGUUUAUCCAUUCCAGGGUUUACCCUUCUGCACUUAAAGCUUUUAUGUUUUUUGGUAACCUUACACUUUGAAUGGAGGCAUAGCUACUUUUCCUGAAAAAUCCUGGAUUCCAUGGUAAAAAUGUUCUGUUAAAAGUAAGACACUGUUGUGUGCCUAGGAGCCUUGCAAUAUCAAAUCAGAUUUGAACAGAAUUUAUACAAAGUAUGCACUCUUGGUCACCUCCUGGAUAAAAAAUCACCUGUCAUUUUUCCUGUGCAAGAUACUGCUUGUAAGGGGACAUUUUCCUCCCUGUGAUUGUAAAAUCUAUCUGAAAUACUAGGUCCUACUAGCCUAGUGACACCUGGGGUGUUGUAAGACCCUUUUAAGAGUGGCAUAGGGUGCACAGAGCUUGUUCCUGCCCAGCACGCUGUGUGAGCAGGUAAGCACUGUAAUUUGAGAGAUGGGGAGCCAUUUAGUUCACCAAAAUUAUGGAGAGGUGCCUUGAGUCUGAAAAGGUUGGUACCACUGUGCUACACAUUGGAUCUAGCUUUGCGAGUGAGCAGCUUCCCAAAAACUGAAAGGCAAGAAGCAAUUUGGUGUUGCCACAACAAUAAGACAACAGAAGUCCCUGUUCCCCCGAGCACUACCAGGAGUGGCUAGAAAUACUGGUCACAAGCUGGCAGAGGGUAGAUUCAGACUAGACAUCAGGAGGCGCUACUUCACAGUCAGGGCGGCUAGGAUCUGGAACCAACUUCCAAGCGAAGUGGUGCUGGCUCCUACCCUGGGGGUCUUUAAGAGGAGGCUAGACGAACACCUCGCCAGGGUUGUUUGACCCCAGUACUUUUUCCUGCCAUGGCAGGGGGUCAGACUUGAUCUGCUCAGGUCCCUUCCGACCCUACCCACUAUGAAACUUGGAGCACAUAAGGAGUUAAGUACGGUGAGGCUUUUGAAGUUAAUGAUUUUGGAAGUGGAUUGGUAUAAAGGCUCAUCAGAAAUAAAGGAAACCUUAAGGAGCUGACUGCUAAACUUGUGGGAGGUUUAGGACUUUGGACACUAGGAGCGCAGCAUCCCCACUAGCAGGGAUGUGUAGUUGCCACAACAAAAAUAGCAGCGGCACCAAUUUGUGCUGCUGCUCUUUGCUGCUGCGCGCACCCCUGCACAUGGGGUUGGUGUGGGGCAAAUUGUCCCAGCUGGGGUAGGAGAGGCUGGGGUCAGCACCUGUGCUGGUCCCAGCAGCCUUACCUGGGGGUCUCUUGGGGGAGCAGUGGCAGUGAUCUGGCCACUCAGAGCCUAGCCAGCAGCGAGAGCAUGGCUCUGGCCAGCCAGGCUUUGGUUUUGGGCAGCGUGCACUGCUGCCACAUGUGCCAUGCUGCUUUUAGCAGCAGUUUUUUUUACACCAGGACCCCCGGGUGUCAAAAAAAUCCAGUGCUGCAAAUUAGCAGCAUAGUGAACACGUGCACUGUGUGCAGUUGGCAGCACUUAAUACUGCUUUGAGGCAUCACAGACCACACGUGUGUGUUUGUACGGACAUUCCCUGAAAGGAGGAAAUACUGCAUAGUCAAGUAUGCCCAUCCUCAGUAGACUUUUACCCCAUUCUCUGCUUUUCCACAAGCAGUCAGUCUUCCCAUGUCAUGUUUGACAUUCAUCAGUCACUGUCCACCAAAGUGCUGAGUGCCAUUGGUUCCCCAGAACUACAGGAUUUAGACCCCUGCAUGUUACCUUUUGUUCUCAGCUUAUCUUUUUUAUUUAGACAAAAAAUGGCUUCUUGCUGGCAUUUGUGUGAGGAGUGUGUGUGAUCUAUUAUAGGACAUUAAGUAGAACAUCUGGAUUUCUCAGUUGCAGACACUGACAGUUCCCCUUUUGAGCAUUUCUCUUCCAUGAAAAACUUAUUCUCUCCUUUCCGAACUCCAGACUCAUUUCACAUGACACUUCCCACUUUCUCUAAGCCCCACCUUGUUAAUUUUAGACUGGAGGAUCGUUUCUCCAAAUAAUUACCUCUGUAUAGCCACUAGUGCUUGUACUCAGUUGGCAGGGAUGCACUUGUUUGUAAUGUCUGCCUCGUAUGACACAGUCCUAGUCUGCCUUUGCCUCUCUUCAAGACCUGUGCACUGAGCACUGAGCUUUAGUCAACAACAUUGUUUCUAAGUUUGAUUUCUUUUACGUCAUGUUUUUAUUAUAUAUGGCCCCAUCACAAGAUUUCUUUAAUUUCAUUAGGGUGUCUAUUUUCUGCCUAUGCAUUAUUGUAUCAGUGAUUUGAAAAUUGUGUUUUCAUUAUCCAUUUUUCAGGCAAGUUAAAUUAUGAAUAAAAUGCCUGUGACUUGC